AUGGUCUUGUGGGUGAGAAAAGUCAAACCUUCCCCUACUUUGAUGAAUCAGAUCAAUCAAAGUUUGAAUACUCACAGAGCCAAAUAUCCCUUGAGAAGAGUGGAAGUGAAAACCUUUACCAUUGCCACAGGAACUCAGUCUAAGAUUACAGAUCAUCUGUUUCAAGGUCAGAUGCCUAAACAUCUCGUUUUAGGCUUUGUGGAGAAUGCGGCCUUUAACGGAGAUAAAACUAAAAAUCCCUUUCAUUUCCAAAACUUUGGGAUCAAGAAAUUAGAUGUCAGUACUCGUUGUUUUAAACCUAAUUUCAACGACGAUUUUUAUCUGAGAUCUUAUCUCAGUCUGUAUCAAGCCCUUGGAAAAUUAGGAGAAGACUGGGCUCCAGACAUUACCCCAGAAGAGUAUAAAAGCGGCUACACUCUAUGGGGUUGGGAUUUCACUAAAAAUCAAGAUGCGCAAUCGGAUAAAUUCCAUCUCAUAGAAACAGGAAAUCUGAGAGUAGAAGUGCAGUUUACCAACAACACGGCCAACACCAUAAAUUGUGUGGUGUAUGCAGAAUUCGAUAACGUCAUAGACAUUAACAAACAGAGAGAAGUGGCUAUUGAUUACUAA